UCUGGUUGGAAACGGAAAUCGAUGCUUAUGAAUCUCCCACCACCACCCAUCCCCACCGAGUUAUUAUGACGAGAAUCAAUUCGUUCUGGGAGCAUAAGAGAAAGCGUAAAAAUCUCUCUUUAUAACUUCUCUCUCGUUCUGUGAUCAACUUUUAAUUGUUGUUCAACUCAUGCUUCUUACCUUUAACAGUUCCGAUGUUCUCUCUUAGUUUCGAUCUCUGCUAAUUCCUUCCUUCCUAUACCCACAAGCCCAUCAUCUCUCUUGAUAGUGUUUUUUCCCCCAAUCUAGUCUGGUUGUUCGCCAUCGCCCAACAAUGUCGUCUGGGUUCCCAGGCGGUGCCGAUUUUUACAACUCCACCGGGAUCGGUGGUGGAUCGGCUGCGAUUAACAAUGGGCAAGUUCGGUAUCGAUCUCAACUCGGAGGAAUUCUCCGCGACGGCUCUUCCCCGACGACGAUCCUUCCUCGGAGAACUGACAUGGUUGCAAAGCGACCGCUUUCAGAACUAGAGAUGCAGUACCACCUGCAACAACAGCAACAGCAACAGCAACAACAGCAGCAGUUAGGAGCAGGAGCCUUUCUCAGGUCCGUCAAACAGAGGAAUUACCACCAUGCGUCUCCCAUUUCUCCUCUUUCGCCGGGCGAUUUCUCCCCACCGGACGUUUCUGGUGCUGGCGCUCCCGCCGUGCCGUUCACUUUAUCAGGAAGGUAUGGACUCCCCCUUAUGCAACAAUUUCGGCCGCAGUCCAUUAACCCCAACCACAACAACCAUCUCCAAAGCAACAUCCCUUCUUGUAACCCUUCUUUGCCUGGAUUAUCCUUCACUAAUUGUAUACUACCCAACAACAACAGCAACAAAGCCGUCGUUUUAGAUUCGGAGCCUGAAUCAGAGAAAAAGAUGAGAAAUCAGCUUCAAGAGCUGGAGAAACAACUCUUGGAUGAUAUUGAUGAAGACGAGGGAGACGCCGCUUCGGUUAUUACUAACUGUAACAGUGAGUGGAGCCAAACCGGGAACCUGAUCACCCUCCCCAACCAGAAUCAGAACCAGAACCAAAAGCCUCAGCCUCUCUCGCCUUCUCCAACCUCAUCCUCGUCUUCGUCUUCAUCCUCUUCAGCCUCUGGUUCUUCGAAACAGUCUUUUCUCGACGUCGCUGCCGCCAUUUCCGAAGGAAAAAUGGAUGCAGCGACGGCGACUCUUGCACGGCUAAAACAGGUCUCGAACGUCAGAGGCGAUCCAGAACAGAGAUUGACGGCUUACAUGGUGUCGGCCCUCCAAUCCAGAGUCAACCCAGCUGAGAAUCCUCCACCGGUGGCGGAGCUCGGCAGCACCGAGCACAUGUUUGCGACACAAAUUUUGUAUGAAUACUCCCCCUGUUUCAAACUCGGGUUCAUAGCGGCCAAUCUAGCAAUCCUAGAAGCGACAAGAGAACAACCCAAUAAUGUCCAUGUCGUGGACUUUGAUAUCGGACAGGGCAGCCAGUAUAUGACCCUCAUCCAUGCUCUUGCAGAGCGACAAUCGGGCAAGCCCACCACCGUAAAGAUCACCACCGUCAUCGAGCCUUGCAGCAACCCAAACGAAGAGGAGUUACGAGCCGUCGGUGAUCGGCUGAAAAAGCAAGCCGAUCGAGUGGGUGUCAACUUUAAAUUCAAUGCCUUGAGUCGUAGAAUCACUGAUCUGGACAGGGAAGCACUGGGGUGCGAUGCCGACGAGGCACUGGCGGUGAAUUUCGCAUUCAAGCUGUACAGAAUGGCAGACGAGAGUGUAUCGACGGAGAACCCUCGAGACCAAUUGCUAAGACUGGUGAAAGGGUUAUCCCCUCUGGUGGUGACGCUGGUAGAGCAGGAGAUGAAUACCAAUACAGCGCCGUUCGGAGCUCGGGUGGGCGAGGUCUACGCCUACUACGGUGCCCUGUUUGACUCACUCGACCCAACGAUUUCACGAGACGUUCAAGAGCGAGUCCGUGUAGAAGAGUGCUUGGGGAGGAAAGCGGCGAACACGGUGGCGUGUGAAGGAAGGGAACGGGUGGAGCGUUGUGAGGUGUUUGGCAAAUGGAGGGCUCGGAUGGGAAUGGCUGGAUUCGAGGCUAGGCAAUUGAAUCAACAGAUGGCCGAGUCGUUGCGUGCCAAACUCAUUUCUGGGACUCGGAACAACCCGAGUUUCACCAUAAAGCUAGAGGCAGGAGGGAUCUGUUUGGGAUGGAUGGGUCGUGUGCUCACCGUCGCAUCUGCUUGGCGUUAAACGAAAAGUUGACAACAAACACACCCUUUUU